AUGAUUCCUUUUUUUAUUAAUGCACUUAUUCAUAAUGUUCUAUGGCGUAAUUAUAAGCUUGACUAUAAUCAACAUCAAGAAUUUAGUUUAAAAAUUUCAGGUUUUCUAAUGGAUUUAACAUAUGAAACACUCUAUUGGGAUGGAAAUUUUAUCAGGAAUAAAUUACUAGAAGAAACCGUAACGUUUUUCGAAAUGGAUUUUCUUCUUCCAGCUAAUGCACUAUCGCUUCGUGGAGAUUCUUUUUACUACUUGCCAAUAUGUCCUAUCGGUCAAAUAUCACCACCGCCAUUCCUUCUUGCUGCUUACGGUAUCAACAGUAAAUAUACAGCUAAAGAUGUUCUCGAUCGAUGGUCAAGUACUUUUGAUUCACGUAUGAAUCAAAAUAUUCGAAUUUUAGGCUUCUCAGCAGGUUGUGAUCCAAAACAAAUGAAAGCAAUGCGGGACUCCAUGGGAUUUGAAGAACAUCCUAAUCGUUUCGAAAUUUCUUUACUUAAAGUGAGUGAACAAGUAUAA